CCAGCUCCUCCUCCUCCUCCUCUUCCUCCGCCUCCGCCAUUUAGUCCUCCCGGCGGUGCGCUGGAGCGCCCGGGAGAAGCGGCGGGAGGGUCCGGGCCGGUCCUCGCAUCAUGUCGCGCCUGCACCGGAGCAGAAUUGCAGAAUUUGAAGAGAUCCUGAAUGAGCCCAACAUCGUGCUCCAAAAGCUGCGGGAAUUUUGUUUCAAUGGGAUUCCCUUCGAAGGCGGCUUGCGCUGUCUCUGCUGGAAGAUCCUCUUAAACUACCUUCCUGUGGAAAGGGGUGGUUGGAAUUCCCAGCUGAGAAAGCAAAGGGAACUUUAUGCCCAGUUCUUGAAGGAAAUGAUUAUCCAGCCUGGAAUAGCUAAAGCUGAAUUCGGAGUCUUCAGAGAGGAUGUCACCUUGGAGGAUCAUCCUCUGAAUCCCAACCCCAACAGCCAGUGGAACACUUAUUUCAAGGACAACGAAGUCCUGUUGCAAAUCGACAAGGAUGUCCGGCGACUGUAUCCCGAUAUGGCUUUCUUCCAGCGCCCGACAGAGUAUCCUUGUCUGUUGAUCCUUGACCCCCAGAAUGAAUUUGAGACCCUUCGCAAGAGGGUGGAACAGACCACCCUCAAAUCACAGACGGUGGCACGGAACCGGAGUGGAGUAACUAAUGUGAGCUCCCCUCUUAAGGCACCGGUGCUGAGCGAAUACGAAGUUCUCCCUGAUGGCUCAGAAGCCCACUGGGAAGUUGUGGAACGGAUCCUGUUCAUUUACGCAAAACUGAACCCUGGAAUUGCCUAUGUCCAAGGAAUGAACGAAAUUGUGGGGCCCCUCUAUUACACCUUUGCGACAAACCCCAACAGCGCAUGGAAAGAGCACGCCGAGGCAGACACCUUCUUCUGCUUCACCAACCUCAUGUCCGAGAUCAGGGACAACUUCAUCAAGAGCCUGGAUGACUCCCAGUGUGGGAUCACCUACAAGAUGGAGAAGGUCUACAUCAUCCUGAAGGAGAAAGACAGGGAGCUCUACAUGAAGCUGCAAGAGCAGAAUAUCAAGCCCCAGUUCUUUGCCUUCCGCUGGCUAACCCUGCUGCUCUCCCAGGAGUUCCUGCUGCCUGACGUCAUUCGCAUCUGGGACUCCCUCUUCGCCGAUGACAGUCGCUUCGACUUCCUCCUGCUCGUCUGCUGCGCCAUGUUGACGCUCAUUCGGGAUCAACUACUGGAAGGGGAUUUUACUGUAAAUAUGCGGCUUUUGCAGGACUACCCUAUCUCGGAUGUCCACCUGAUUCUGAAGACAGCAAAGGAUCUUCAGGAGUCUAAGUAGCUCGCCCAUCCAAAGGUUCAGCAGAGGUGAUGGCCGCUUGUCUCCUCUGUGAAAGACCUUUGAAGGAAGUCUUAGUUUGGCCAGCGUCCAGUUCUUCUCUUCCACCGGAAAUGACUCCUCCUUCCCACAUCUUUUUGGGCAAGGGACUCUUAAGGAGAUGAACCUCAAGGCGCCUCCAGAAGUGACCCAAGAAGCAGGACCCACCUGGAAUUGGACUUGAUGGGAAAGAACCAACCUUUUUGGGAACUUCUGCAGGAAGCCACCAAAACCAAGCUUCUGCGUCAUAGUUUUGGGAUAAGUUCUUCCCAGUCGCUCUCAAUCUUUAGCCUUCUUUGUUAGAUUCCUUCCUUCUUCAUUUGGAGGCCAGCUGUUCUGGGAAGCUUAAAAGAAAAGAAAAAAUUUGGAACGAUUGCUGGAAAGGUCUCCUUAUCUCCUGCCUUAGAGUGGACCUAUUUCUUCCAUUGCUGAACGCAGAACAACAUUCUCGCUGCUGAGCUAAGACUUUCAGCUCUUGUGUUUCUCUACCGCCUCUGAUCUCUCAGUGCUCUGCAAUGAAUUAUAAAUUAUUCCCCCCAAAUUGGUAAAAGCCUAUCCUUGCCCAAUAAAGAGUUUCCUGCGAGCCAGAAUAACUAAUAAUUUAGAGACAGAAGUCUUGUUCUGCUAGUUUUCUGCUUGCAGGGAGAAUCCCCACCCCCACCCCCCACCAUGGGAACAUUGAUGCAAAGUGAUUAUUCUAGCAAUGAAAAAGGAAUUUUGAUUUAUUUUCAGAACUCUACCGUGUUAACAACGUGCUAUUCUGGAUUAGUUUGAGUUGCCAAAAGAUAAUUAGGCUUUUGUGACAUUUGAGGAGGUAAUUUUCGUUUCCUCUAGUUAAAAUCAGUGUAAUUUGUGCGGUGUGUUAAUUUUUUGGGGGAUGGGGAAUGCUAUUACCUUGAAUAUUAGGUGGAAAUUAGAGGUUCGAUGUGGCUGAGCAAAGCAAGACUUUUUCUUUUCCUGGGUUUUGAUGCCAAUCGGAGAAUUUUCAUUUUAAAAUCAUUUUCAAACAGCCCUGAAGACAUCACCUUUUAUGCUGUGCUUAAAGAGGGUUUAAAAUAAGAAUCCUGCUUUUUCCAAGAACAAUGUGGAAAAGAUUAUUUCUGUCAUCCUUCCUGCUUCCACUCCCGAUUUUGCAACAGGAAAUAUCUCCAGGGUCCAUUUUAUGGCUUUUUUGAUAAUGCAUGAUGGAACCAGAAACCAGGAGACGGUAUCAAAACAUUUCUAAAUUUAUACGUCAAUAAACUGUAACCCUAAUGGAACCCCACUGCAGGAAAGGCAUUUUUGCUUGGUUACAAAAGGAAGAAAAUGAGCAAGGACCAUGGAGUUUCAAAAAUUAUGUUCCCUAUGUUUCCUAAUUAUUACAUAUUAUCUUGAUGGAGGGAAAUUGUUGUGUAGUAAGGAGUAUGUUGGGCACUUUUGAAGGCUGCCUGAAAAUUAGCCUUACAGCUUUUAUACAGCAUAACCACUGCCAAAUCCUGUAGCUUAGUUUCCUGCCUCCUUCCGCAGAGCAAACUUAAAAAGACACAAAAAUGCACAACUUGCACAAACAGUGAAACAGCCACUUAGCGUUUGACAUUCCCAGUAGAAAGGAGAAAAAGAAAAAAAAUAUUGCUCUUCUCCCAAAAUGCAUAUUAGGUUUCUUGCAAGACAGAAAUGAUGGACGUCUUCAACCAUUUUUUUUCCCCAUCUUUUUCCUGGAUAAUUGUCUUUUUCUUUUUUUAAAAUUUUGAUUGGCAGCCAGUUAUCGGAUAGGAUGUGCGAUACGUAGCAGCUGGUUUUUUGCGUGGCCUAAAAAUUGUUCUCUGUUGGUUAAAUUGAAUGUAAAAAAAAAUAUGUUCAGAUUAUGAUAUUUAAAAUGUCGUGUUGCAAUGAAGGGAUGAAAAAUGUUUGUGUGUGUGAGUGUAUAAAAAAUUCCAGUUUCUUGCAUAUUGAGGUAGCAUAUACACCGUAGGUCAAGAUUUUUACACGCCCAUGCACACCAUCCCAUAGAACUGCUUAGAAUCAUUGAGCCUAUUGUCACUUCCAAGUUCAGUGUGUAAAAAAUGCUUUUGUGAAUCUCUCUGGCAGUGCUCUAUUGCGCAAAGAGAUAAAUAUGUUUGUUUUUCUUGGCAGAUAUAAUAGAUUGGAUCGACUCAA